AUGCCACGAGUUAGGCACACCCCAUCGAAGCAAGUGGAUUCCCCAGCGAAGACGCCGAGUGAGCCGACAGCGAGUACUUCAACAAGUGAACCUCAGGACAGCGAGAAGAUAGAAAAGGCGCUGAAGACGGCAGUCCGCCAACGAGCGCAGAUCAACGCCAAAUUACUGCGAAUCGAGCAGACGCUGCAGGAAACGAAAGAGCCAACCGUUUCCCAGCUGAAGGUGCUCGCCAAAAACGUCGCGACUGUGUACGCGGAAUUUAGUGCCAUACACACCACCAUCGUAGGCCUAAUUCCAGACAGCGCAAUGGCAGAGCAGGACGGCGUAUACGACGAGUUCGAGGAAGUGUUUUACGAGGCGUCCAAUAGAAUCGAGGAGUUGCUGCUUGCUGCGGAAUCGAAGACCAAGAACAACAUGUCUGCCGCGGCGCAAGUCAUCAUCCAGCAGCAACCGCUUAAGGCACCGAUCCCGACUUUCGACGGCACAUACGCUGCAUGGCCCAAGUUUAAGGCCAUCUUCGAAGACCUGAUGGCCAAUGCCGGCGACAGUGAUACUAUGAAGCUGUAUCACCUUGAAAAGGCAUUGGUCGGCGAGGCUGCAGGUGCAAUUGAUGUCAGCAUCCUCAACGCUAGCAAUUACAAGCAAGCCUGGGAGAUUCUGACGGAGCGCUUCGGCAAUCAUCGAGCCAUAGUGGACAGCCACAUCCACGGAUUGCGGAACCUCAAAAGGAUGACGUCAGAAAACUUCCACGAGCUAAGAGCUCUAGUCCAAGAGACUUCCCGGCAUGUGGAAAGUCUCAGGUUCCUAAAACAAAACCUGGAAGGAGUGUCGGAACCAAUGGUGGUCCAUCUGUUGGUUUCGGCUUUAGAGAAAUCAACCCGAAAAGCCUGGGAAGGGACGCAGCGGAAAGAACUGCUGAAAGGGACACCACGGGAAAGAAGUAACACCGCACAAAGGGCAGGACUAUGCUUCAACUGCCUGCGGAAGGGGCAUCAGUUACGGGAAUGUCCCUCCAAGAGAAAGUGCUACAAGUGCCAGCGUCGCCACCAUACGCUCCUGCACGAGGACGUAGCACCCACCGGCCAGCCAACUAUUUCCGUGGCAGCAGAAGUAGAACCUCAACCUCCGACCCCAAGUGUGCAUCCUCCAUCGACAGCGGCAGAGUACGGCGGACCAGUGGUACGGGAACAACUUUCGACGGCAUGUGCAUCGCAAACCAUCAAACCCAGUAAGAACGUCCUGCUGUUGACUGCCGUGGUCAACGUGCUGGACGCCACGAACCAGCCACAUCGCUGCCGCGUCCUCCUAGACAGCGGUUCUCAGGUCAAUUUCCUUGCUGAAGAAAUGGCCAACCGUCUAGGACUGCCAAAGAGACCGGCAAACGUUCCGAUCGUGGGAAUCAACGCGUUGCGCACGCUCGCUCGCGACAAGUUAACCGUUACCAUACAAUCCCGAGUGAACAGUUACCAAACAAGCUUGGAAUGCUUGGUAACUCCAAAAAUAACCGGCACAAUCCCAUCCUGCAACAUCAACAUCAACAAUUGGGACAUUCCGGAGGGAAUAACCUUGGCUGAUCCAACGUUCUACACGCCAGACAAGGUUGAUUUACUGAUAGGGGCUGAGUUAUUCUUCGAUAUACUCAAGCCAAUCCAACUCGAUCUUGCCGAUAAUCUACCUCGUCUGCAAGAUAGCCAGUUUGGUUGGAUUGUGUCCGGAGCCAUAGCAGAACAGCAGAUUACCAUCCCAGCUAUGUAUUCCCAUCACGCUUUGGUCGACAUCGAAAAAAUGAUCCAGCAGUUUUGGCAGAUUGAAGAGGUUCCAGACGUCCCGGAACGAUCCAUCGAAGAACUGGAGUGCGAGAACCAUUUUCUAACUACAUAUCAAAGGAACGAAUCUGGAAGGUUCAUUGUGCGACUACCGUUUAACAAACAACAAACCCUGUUGAACAAUGGUCGCACGGUAGCCCUCAAACGGUUUAUGAUGUUGGAGAAACGACUGCUUCGCAACCCAGAGCUACAACAACAGUAUGUGGAGUUCAUCCGAGAGUACGAAACUCUAGGACACUGCCGACAAAUCCGUGAAUCCGACGAUGUACCCAACCAGCUGUCCUACUAUCUGCCACACCAUGCGGUUUUGCGGCCAUCUAGUUCAAGCACGAAAUGCCGAGUCGUGUUUGACGCCAGUGCAAAGGCAUCUCCAGCCAAGUUAUCGCUCAACGACGUGCUGCAUGUGUAG